CCCACCGCCGCCUCCACCAGACACACAUCUCUCCUGCUGGAAUUUCCAAUACUGGAAGUGAAGCUGUAAAGAACGUGUUGCUACACCUUCCAGACAUGGCUGCUGUGACACGCAAAGUUAUGGUGCUGGCUCUCCUGGGUGUGACCAGCGCCGCCUACCUCAACGACCUCCAGGGUCCUGCUGCCAACCAGUUCUCUCUUCCUAACGGUAACGGUGGAGGUAACAGAGGUUACGGUGGUGGUAACAGUGGAGGUAACGGGGGUUAUAGUGGUGGAAACGGUGGGGGUAACGGAGGCAACGGUGGGGGAAGUGGAGGCUACGGCGGUAGCAACGGUGGAGGCAACAGUGGCAACGGAGGAGGAUAUGGUGGUAGUAACGGCAGAGGUAACGGAGGAAUCGGAGGCAACGGAGGAAUCGGAGGCAACGGUGGAGGUAACGGAGGAUACAACGGAGGUAGUGGUGAUCCUAUUGCUGACCUCGCUGACGCCAUCCCUGGCGGUGGCGUCCCCGGCCAGGACUACCCCAUCCUCGCCUUUGUCCCCAACACCGGCUUCUCCUGUGACGGUCAACUUCCCGGCUACUACGCCGACACUGCUCCCGAGGCCGGCUGCCAGGUGUUCCACAUCUGUCAACAAGGUGGCAGGAUCGACUCCUUCCUGUGUCCCAACGGCACCAUCUUCAACCAGCAGUACUUCGUGUGUGACUGGUGGUACAACUUCGACUGUUCCACCGCUGAACAAUUCUACGACCUCAACUCUCAAAUUGGACAAACUAAUGGAAAUGGCAAUGGUUAUGGCACUGGAAAUGGUAAUGGCAACAAUGGUUACAAUGGUGGUAAUGGUGGCAGAUUUGGCGGUGCUUCAGGUCUUCAAGGAUCGUUCUCAACCACAUCUGGCGGAAGCGUCAAUGGUGGUUCUCCUUCCAGAUUGUAUGAUACCCCAACCAACAACGCCAACGGUGGUAAUGGCAACCAAAACAACCAAACUCCAUCUAGCCUCUACCAGACACCUGGCAAAUAAACUCAAUUGGUUAUGCUUCACGACAAAUUCUAAAUGGUGUUUUCGUUUAAUGACUUUUACAUCACAUUUUCCUAUUCUCCAUGUUAGUUGUCCUGAGAACACUCCGUCUUGUCCCUACAGCCAUUAAACGUAAACAUCAUUUAGAGUGAGACAAUAAGAGCUACACACCUGUUGAUGACUUACCUGUUCUUCUUAACUAAUUAGAGACUCGUCGACUAUUUUACUGUUAUUUCAGAUUUUAUGUAUAUAGUUAUAUAUUAUUUCCUAUUCGGUAUCUUACCAAAUUUCAUACUUAUUCAAUCUAAUAGGAUGUCUAUUAUGUUAGAGUGCGGUGUUACUCCGGUGCCAUAUUGAUCUGAGAACCUUUGAUAUGUUUUAUACGUGCAAUACAAAUAAAAAAUCAUAAACAUUA